AUGUUUAAUGCCUGCAGAGUAAAGCCAUGCUUCUGUUGCUAUAAUUACAGUCACAUCGGCACUCAAUGCAACGCAGGCCAAGCAUGCGGCUAUUGCGCCGAGCUACAUGAGACCAAGAACUGCAAGCAGAAGGGGGUAGAAGGCUGCACCCCCAGAUGCACAGUCUGCAAAGGUGUCCACACAGCAUGGAGCAAUGCCUGCUCAGCAAGAAAGAAAGAGUUAGUAAGAGAUGAACAGGCAAAGCAGGUCCGGAACAUCUACUGGCACGUUAUCUCCAAGGACGAAUCCCCCAGGGACGACAACCCGCGGUCAAAGCACCGCCGUACACGCGAGCCUGCCGCCAACCGAAUCAUCGCAGUCGCAAAUUCCCCUGAGGUGGAGCCCUCGGAUCACGGAACCCGCGCCUUGGAACCUCCAAAUGCGCGAGCAGGAAAUUCUCUCCAGGAAUCGCAGAUACCCGUGGAGAUCGAGGCUGCACGGACAUUGUCCGCUACUCCAAUUGCAGAGGACUGGGCGACACCAGCAUCACCAGAAGAACCCCUAAUCGACCCACAGCUACUGGCAACAGAGCGACUCCUGGAGGCCGACCCGGCGGCAGAUGGCGUCCCGAACGCCGAGGUCGUGGAAAUGGCGCCAAUAGACGCUGCGUCAAGCCAGCAACCUCUAUACCCCAUUUGGGAAGAGUUCAACGUCCAUGACGCGGACGCAUGGCUGGCCGGAUUGGCGGACAGUCUUCCCGAGGACGGACCGCACCUUCCCGAGACAGCGGGAUCCCCGCUGACCUCCGUGGCAACGAACAACAGUACGGCACAAGGAAAUAUCUACAAAGGAUGUAACUGCCCGGAGCACCAGGAAAUCUACGGCAACUGGCCAACACGCGAUGCCGAGCUAACAAUCACUAAAUGCAUGAAGAUAUGCAUGUACUGCGGCAAAGACUUUGAGGUAGCAUCAGAACUACGCUCACAUAUAAGGAAAAGGAGGAACGCCAACCCACCCAUCAGAUCCCCGAACAACUCGCAGCCAAUCCCGCACAAACAGCACCGACGCAGCACUGCUCUCAUGACGAGACACCAGGAACUACAGAUCUUACAGUACAACAUCCAGAAUUCAAGAGACGUCGUUCUAGCAAGCCUAUUCCAGGACCCCAGGAUUCUAGAAUACAACGUGCUAGCAAUCCAAGAGCCCCGGCGUAACCCUUUCAUCGCGACAUCCUACCACCCUCUCAAAGCACACUUUCAACUAACAUACCUCGACGACAACGCCACAAGGGUAUGCUUUUACAUCAACAAACGAAUCGACCCAGGCACAUGGAGUGUUUCACACCUGUCCAAGGACAUCACCACCCUAGCCAUCCGCGACCCCUCCUCAGGCAGAAAUAUCCGUGUAUUUAAUGUCUACAACGAAGUGAGAACCGACACACUCUCCACACUUGCUGGCGCUAUCGACAGGCUGGAAUCUUAUAAGGAAGCCAUAGUACUCGGAGACUUCAACCUGCAUCACCCUCUCUGGUCAGCGGCACAUCGACAGGCUAGAUACGGGCCAAACGCCCAAGAGCUCCUCACAAUUAUUGAGAAUUUCCAGCUGCAGCUUCUCACAGUGCCUGGAACCCCGACCCACCGAUGGAAAGACGGAGAAAUCAACCUCGCAUUUGGCAUCCCACAUAAUCCACUGCAAGAUUAA